UACAAUGGCGGAGGACGAAGAUGGUGUUUCGGACAAAAAUUCGCCACAAAAUUCAAAUAACACUUCGUCUUCACAAGACAAUAAACAAAAUACGACAAAGCCAGAUUUAGGUAUCGAAGAAGCAAAAUACGAUAUUCAAGAAAAUGGCGACACGGCCGUCGCAGAACCUUCAAAGUCUACUUCCAAGUCCACGGGUGCUAUACGCAAGGAAGAGAAUCCAUUUUCCUUUCGACACUUUCUAAAACGAGACCUGUCUUUGCCGGGCAACUCGACUUACGAAAACACUGGCGCCCGACCCAAAGUUUACGCCAAUACUGUGCAACAUUCUCCAACAAAACUAGACAUUCAUUCCGAAUCGAGAAGGGACAAAACUCGCUCGAGUGAACCCCAAGCCAAAGAGAGACAGAGUGACAUUUAUCAUAGCAGUGAUCACGCGUCUUCUAGUAGCUCUGUAGAAUUACCUUAUAGUGUAGCCGAUAACUCCGAUUCCAAACACAACUUGUACUCUAAUAGCUCAGAUGGUCCCUUCUUCCAUAGACCUAACCUAGCUUCUGAACCAUUAGGUAUGCCAUCUUUGCCUGACUUUGUACAGGAUCACCUAUUAGUGGAGCAGGCAUACUCGAAUUCGAAUGGCCCCAUAUCUGUGGAUCUAGAUAAUUUACCCGACUUUACGUUUAACACGAGUUUUAACUCUGGUUCCCCUGUGGGCAGACACAAAAAACAAUCUUAUAGUAAUAAUAGAGGUUAUGAUUAUAAUCCGUACGAUGGAGAGAGAUCUGAGGCUGGUUCAUCGAGGAAUAUACCACUGGACCUCCCGGAGGGUGCUGCAGGUCCGGUGCCUUUGGACCUUGGAUUAAAUUUAGAUCUCACAGAAUCUGUUAAUCAGUCGGAUCGAAGAAAUGUCUCGCCUAGAAACAGUUUCCCUCUAGAUCUGCCACCGAAUGCUGGUGCAGAGUCCAGGCGGCUGCCAGAUUUAAUGCCCGUUCAUCCAGGGCGGACCUCCCCAGAGCCGGAGCAUCAGGAUGAGCAGCUGCAGCAGAUCAUAUCCGAAUUGGAGAGAGCUAGGUCAGAUCUGUUCGCUGAGCGCAGCCGUCGGUCUCGCGCGGAGGACGAGGCACAGCGCGCGCGGGAGGAGCUGGCCGCGGUCAGGGCCGAGCUGGCCGCCGUCAGGCUCAGGCCGGAGACACAUCAGGCGGGUGGCGAGGACGGCACGCUGCGUGCGGAGGUGCGGCGCCUGCAAGAGCAGCUAAAUGCCUCCCGAGCAGUGCGGACCGACGCCGCCGCCCAGCUGCGUCGCGCUGCCGAGGUCGCUGAAUUGCAGCUCAGGGAUUUGUUGGCGGGACUGGACCAGUUGAAAUCUCUGAGCUCGAGCCUGGAGCCGACAUGACGAGUGCCCGCGCCGCCCCUUCGCUAAAAUGUCCUUUUGAUCUAAAUUUUAAGAUAUUUAUUUCAUUAGUUACUCUAACGGCUUGUGGCGUAGAAGUUAGGUUUUAAAAGGCCACUGACGUACUCUAUUGAAUAAUAUGAGUUUAUACUUUGUUAUGACGAUUUUAGAAAAAACCUCAAGUUGAAACCGUACUUCAUAUGGCUGACACUUAUCAUUAGGAUUAGACAGACCCUGCCAAGUGAGUUGACCUUUCUGCUCUAAAGUCAAAAGUCCAAAACCGUAUAAUAUACAAUUCCUGUUCGAUUUAAAGGACCGAUUCUCCAUCCUGGGACAGUAAACGCGAGUGAGAAGGAGCGAGGCUCGACAAUUGAGCCCCAGAUUUAUAAAAACUUACCGUAUAUGUAGUUGUCAACGCCAAACUUAAUUUGCAUUUUGCUGUUGCGCAUGAAUAUUUUAAACUCAAAUUGGCAUUGUGAAACAGGCAUGUCUAGCAUGUGUACUACGAGAAAAUGUUGUCUACAUGUUUUCUCGAUAUUUGAUGGUUUGUCUCUUCAUC